GGUAGUACUCUGCGGCAGUUAUUAUUUAUCAUUGGUGUUCAGUAGUCCAAAACUAAGAGACAUAUUAUUAUUCCAUUUCGUUCCGUGAGAAGAUGGUGAUUAGAAAACUGUACGUUCCACCUGCAGUGCACAAGCAUGUUGCUCAACCUGUUGAAUUGGUAGGUAAACCUUCGGUUGAGCAAGAAACGGCUCAAGCUUUUAGUGUACCCGAAUCCGCUCUAGAUCCAGCACCCAUCUCUUCGAGUCAUGUGAAUGGAGAAGCAGAUGAUGUAAUAGUGCAAAUCGCUCCUGGUAAAAUUCGUGGAGUGAAAGAAGUGCUUCCAAAUGGGACGGACUACUUCCGUUUUAGUGGCAUACCUUACGCCGAACCACCAGUUGGUGAUUUAAGGUUCAAGCCUCCAGUGCCGGUGCAAACAUUUGAUCACGAUGUGUUGGAUUGUCAAAAGGAAGGCAGCAACUGCUACAGUUACAUGUAUUAUCCACCAGAGAACGAAGAGUUUGCAUCGGAAGAUUGCUUGUUUCUGAAUGUAUACACACCAAAGCUGCCGGAAGGUCAGGAUGUUGCAACAUUGCCGGUUAUGCUAUGGAUUCAUGGCGGAGGCUUUAAUCUUGAGAGUGGAGAUGCUGCUAUUUAUGGUCCUGAAUUUUUGCUGCAAGAAGAAGUUGUUGUCGUGACGUGCAACUACAGAUUGGGAACAUUUGGAUUUUUAUGCCUGCCGUCUGUUGGAAUCUAUGGUAAUAUGGGAUUGAAGGAUCAACGACUGGUGUUGAAGUGGGUUAACGAGAAUAUCAGUCGUUUCGGAGGUGACCCAAGCAAUGUAACACUGUUUGGAGAAAGUGCCGGAGGAGCCUCGGUGCAUUUGAAUUAUCUAGCGGACAGCUCGAGACAAUACUUCCACAAGGCAAUCUGCAUGUCUGGCGUUUCUUAUAAUCCUUGGGUGUUGCAAACCAAUCCUGAAGCAAAGGCUCGUAAGCUGGCUGAGCUUUUGGGUGCCAAGUCUACGAGUGAUAAUGAUGUUUAUCAGAUACUAAUGGAAGCUAACGCUAAGGAUCUUCUUCUUCAUUCACCGGAUGUUCCCAGCGAGAACGAAAAACGCACAAAUAAGUUUUUCGCAUUUACGCCGGUAGUCGAAUCUGAGUAUUCGGAAGAACCAUUUUUGAAGGAAAACUUCAUCAGUUUGAUGAUGAAGCCCAACAUGACUAAAAUUCCGAUGAUGACCGGAGUUACUAGCAAUGAAGGUCUACUUGUAUCUGGCCAAUUAUUGAGAGAUAUUGAGCUCUACGCAGCAGAUUCAACAAUGAUAGUGCCUCAGGAGUUGCCACUGGAUGAAGAUCGGCUGAAAGAAGCAGCUGAUGAAAUAAAACGAUUCUUCUUUGGUGAUGAUGGCAUUACUGAGGAUCGUUUGUCAACGUUGGUUGAUAUCAUGUCCGAUAACAUGUUUGUAAUGGCAGCCUAUGUCGCAAGUGAACUUCACGCACGAUAUCAAAAUGAGGCACCACUAUAUUUCUAUCUGGACUCAUUUGAAGGAAAACUGAACAAGUACCGCACUUUGUUCUCUGUUCCGGAGCAUCUUGAAGGAGUAUGCCAUGCUGAUGAAUUGCUCUAUCUGUUCAGCUCGACGUGGAUGGGUACCGACGUCGAGCCAGGCUCCCGUGAGGAUAAAUUCCGAUCGACGAUGUGCAAACUGUGGACAAACUUCGCGAAAUAUGGAAAUCCCACUCCGCCGACCAACGGAGGAAUAGAUUUUGUGUGGGAGCCAGUCAAGCCGGCCUAUGAUUCGCAGUUUGUGCUGAACGCAGCAAAUUUGAAUGAUGAGUUGACGAUGAUAGAAAAUCCGUUUUUGGAAAGAGUUCAGUUUUGGCGCGAAAUAUUCGCACGUUAUUACGGCAAUUAUUUGAUGAAUGAAAGCGUGGGUGGUAAAACAUAUAAUGGUCAAUAAAAAUGGUUUCAAAUGAUAUUAAUGAUUAAAUACAUAGAUUUAUUAUAUAAAAAAA